GCACGGUGCAGAAACACACGUCGGAUCAAAGCGUCUUCCUCCUGCCUGUCAGACAAAGGUGAGGGCUUUAAACCCACCGGGAUCAUAUUGACGGACGUAGCGAGACCCUGAAGCAUGGCCGGGGAAGGCGAAAAGAAACCGGUGCUUGAAAUGGUCCAGGCUGACGGGGCCGAUGACGGGUGUGUGACGUUCGUGAUGCACAAUGAGGACCAUACGCUGGGCAACUCCCUCAGAUAUAUGAUCAUGAAGAACCCGGAGGUGGAGUUCUGUGGCUACACCAUCACCCAUCCUUCCGAGAGCAAGAUCAACUUUCGUAUCCAGACACGAGGGGGGAUUCCAGCUGUGGAGCCACUGCGAAAUGGCCUCAACGAUCUCCAUGAUGUUUGUCAACAUGUCCUCAACACUUUUCAGGCAAGAGUUAAUGAGUUCAAAGAAGGGCAGGAGCAGCCUAUGGAAUAAACAUCACACCUCAAUUCAACAAGAACUCGCUCCUCAAAGGUCCUAGAAACGUCACGUUUAAAUACUUGUACAGUUUUUUAUUAUUAUUAUUUUGUAUGUUGCUGUAAUUGACGUAUAAUGUUUGAUAAACAUAUAUCAAUGUUGCCUUUCAUUCCUGUGCUGCCUGACUAACAAGUAAAAUAUUUUCGAGCAUAAAA